CUCUACAUAGAAGUUUACAGACAGUUCCGGACACAUUCUUUCCGCCUUUGGAACGUUUGGCUUGUUUGACGCUGCGUUUGUUUGACAUCAACGAGGAAUGGUAGACGAGUUCACACAUGAAGACGCGCUAACGUUCGCGUCCUCAACUGAAGACAUUUGGUUGUCUAGAGAGACCGUUCCUUAUUCGUUUCCUACUAUAAAUGGCUCAAGAGAGAUUUCAAACUCUAUUUAUUGCAUGGGCCAGACAGCCGACAAGGAAAAGAAUGACAGCUUGGAUGAUCAAUGGAACUUGAGGGCUGUUAGUCAGUCUGCUUGUAAUUCGGAAGAGAUAACAUACGACAAUGAUGGAAGCCCCCUCAUCAAGCUCACACCAGGCAAGGAGGCUCCCAGAGACGUAGUAAGCCAGCACAAAGCAAAGGGUUCUAAGAAAGAGUUGAAGAAAUUAAUUAAACAGGAGGACCUGAUUAAAUUUGUAGUAAACGCUUUGAAGGAGUCAAGGUCAUUUAGAAUUUGUGUACUACAAAGCAUGGUAUCUUUUGACUUAAGGUUAGAGAGUGAAUACUUGAUGCAGGAUAUGCUGGAACAAUUGAAAAAGAAAAGGGAGAAUCUAGAAAAUGAUCAGUUAACGUCGUUUAUUCUUUCUAACGGCAAUCAUGUAUCUAAUGCAUGGAUUGACCAACUAUUACUAGCAAGCAACAGGGAAAGGAAACCAGAUAAAGAUGAAUCUGAGAGUCACAACUUAUUGCAAACGAAUCUAGAAAAAGCUCAACCCGAAACACUUUUUGCUCACCAAUGGAGCAAACCAUCUACAGGGAGUCGUCACUCAAGCAGUGGAGCCGAAAAAUUUUGUGUUCAAGAAUGGAGCAAACCAUCUGCAGGGAGUUGUCACUCAAGCAGUGGAGUUAGUACUAUACCGUUAAGGAAAGAUUACCAGGGGAGUGACAAUGAUGUCGAUGAUGUUGCAAGCAGUCAGGUCAUGUCUGCUGUGAUUUCUUCCUUCGCAUCUGGACAUCUUUCCAAACCUAUAUUUAUAUCAUACGACACUCUGAUGCAAGCAACUAAAAACUUUGAUGAAAAGAAGAUCGACGAAGGAGGCAGUCUCAUUGCAGCUGGUAGUUUUGGUCAAGUUUUUCUAGGAGAAUGGCAACGGCAGCGAGUGGCAGUAAAACGAUUAAAGAAGCCCAAAAAUGAACAUUCUUCGACUUUGCGUCUUUCAAAGAGGCAGUACAUGAACGAAGUGUCGGCACUAACAAUGUGCCCUCCUCAUCCGAAUGUUGUUCGGCUGAUUGGUAUUUGCGACGACGGACCGGAAUUAUGUCUGGUGUAUGAAUAUGUUGAGGGCAGGACGUUAGCUCAACAUCUGGCAAAGGAGAGCAGAGAACCUCUGAGUUGGAAUGAACGAAUCGAAAUGGCUCACGAUAUCGCCUCAAGUAUUCACCACAUACAAUCAACUUCACAACGUCCACUCAUCCAUCGAGACGUCAAAAGUUCCAACAUUCUGACAUCAUGUGAUCGAAGAGUACGAUUGGCCAACUUUGGUCUCUCAUGCUUUGGAGAGCAUCUCGACAACAUGCAUGCCAGUUUUCUCGAAUCUGGUUCGACAACCGUAGGUACGCGAUGUUACAUGCCACCUGAGGCGUUCAAAGGGAUAUUCAGUACACGAACCGACGUCUACUCAAUUGGGAUGGUAUUAUUUGAGCUGUUGACGGGACUGCCUCCUUACUCUUCGAGCAUGAAACUUGAUCUGGCAACAUUUUUAAAACAAAUUGAAGGGGAAGGCACCGAGCUGGUCGCGAUGUCUGACCCACGAGCCGCUUGGCCUGAUCCGGUGUCUAACAAGCUCAUUGAUCUGGCGAAACGUUGUACUGACAUAGACAGUCACAGACGACCGUAUAUCACGGAGGUUUUGAAGGAGUUGAGGGGUAUAACUCGAAUGGGGAGAUGCUCAAGUAGAAAAGUGUGUGAGACGACAACGGUCACUGCAGACACGACAGACAGAGAGUCUUCCAGUGCAUUUUGUGGACAGUCAAGAGAUCACCAGAAAGGGAGUGAGGACUUGAUGCUGGGUCAGUUGAAAAAGAAAACGAGGGAGAAUCUGGAUCAUGAUCAGGAAAGGAAACCAGAUAAAGAUGAAUCUGAGAGUCACAGCUUAUUGCAGACGAGUGUAGAAAAAGCUGCAGCGAAAAAACUUUAUGCUCACCAAUGGAUCAAUCCAUCUGUAUGGAGUCGUAACUCAAGCAGCGGAGCUGAAAAAUUUUGUGCUCAAGAAUGGAUCAAACCAUCUGCACAGAGUCGUCACUCAAGCAGUGGAGUUAGUAGUAUACAGUUGAAAGAUUACCAGGGGAGUGGCAAUGAUGUCGAUGAUGUUGCAAGCAGUCAGGUCAAGUCAGCUGUAAUUUCUGCCGUCGCAUCUGGACAUUGUUCCAAACCUGUAUCCAUAUCAUACGACACUCUAAUGCAAACAACUAAAAACUUUGAUGAAAAAAAGGUCGACGAAGGUGGCAGUCUCAUUGCAGCUGGUAGUUUUGAUCAAGUUUAUCCAGGAGAAUGGCAACGGCAGCGAGUGGCAGUAAAACGAUUAAAGGAGACUACUUUAGAAACAGUUGCAGCUAAAAGCCUUUCUGCUGACCAGUGGACCAAAUCGUCUGCACCAAGUCGUCACUGCAGCUCUGGAGAUAGUAACAGACAGUGGAGGAAAGAUUAUAAGGGGAGUGACAGUGAUGCUGAUAAUGUUUCAAGCAGUCAGGUUACUUCUGCUGUAUCUUCUACCCACACAUCUAGACAUUUUCCCAGACUUGAGGUCAUAUCAUACAACGAUCUGAAGCAAGCAACUAAUGAUUUCAAUGAAUGGAAAAUCGACAAAGGUGGCAGUCUUAUUGCAGCCGGUAGUUUUGGCCAAGUGUUUCUAGGCAAUUGGCAAGACCAGCGAGUGGCAGUAAAAAGACUAAAGAAGCCCAAAGACGAACGUCUGUCGACUGUCCGUCUUUCAAAGAAGCAGUACCCAAACGAAGUGUUGGCAUUGACAAGGUGCUCUUUUCAUCCCAAUGUUGUUCGACUGCUUGGUAUUUCUGAUGAUGGACCGGAAAUGUGUUUAGUGUACGAAUACGUCGACGGCAUGACAUUAGCUCAACAUUUGGCAAAGGAGAGCAGUGAACCUUUGAGUUGGAAUGAACGUCUUGAAAUGGCUCACGAUAUCGCUAAAAGUAUUCAUCACAUACAAACGACGUCACAACGUCCUCUAAUCCAUCGAGACGUUAAGAGUGCUAACAUUCUGGUGUCACGUGAUAGAAGAGUAAUACUGGCCGACUUUGGUCUGUCGUGCUUUGGAGAGCAUGUUGACAACAUGGAUGCAAGUUUUUGCGAUUCUGGUUCAAUGUCAGUGGGUACACACAGUUAUAUGUCGCCCGAAGCGUGCAAAGGGAUAUAUAGUACACGAACGGACGUCUAUUCGUUUGGAGUGGUAUUAUUUGAAUUGUUAACAGGACGGCCUUCUUCAUUUUCGAGCAAGAAACUUGAUCUGGUGAUAUGGUUGAAAGGAAUGGAAAGGGAAGGCGUAGACCUAGUGUCUAUGUGUGAUCCACGAGCUGCCUGGUCGGAUCGGGUGGCACGUCUUCUUUUCGAUCUGGCAAAACGGUGCACCGACUUUGACUGCCACAGACGACCAUUUAUAAGAGAGGUUCUGCGGGAGUUGGACAGAGUCUCACGAAUUGUCUUGGAAGGGAUUCUAGGAAUGUGUUUAAUUGCAGACAGGCUUGAAGAAGUCAUUGAAGGUCGUGGAAAUAAGCAGUAGCCGUUUGAAGACUGUCUACAGCAGUAGCAACUCUCUUAUGUUGUAGGCAUGACGCAUUUGUUGACUGUUGUCGUGUUGUGAGUAGCCUCGGUACUCCAGACCGAGUGUUGCUAUUUAACUAGUUUUCAACUCUAGAAAAGGGACUUUGUAAAGUCACGAGACUUGGCGAGUAGCGUACUCAGCCAAUCCUACGCGCGAAACUUUCAUGAGAGAGUUUUAUUACCAGUAUGGUGUAAUUCAUGUUUGCGAUUGUUAGGACUUGUCGGAAAUAAACAACAAAACUCACCUGUCUACAACUGCUGA